AUGGCAGAUUCAAAUUGGUGGGAAAAAUGUGUGCUGGGCAUUACCGUGCUUGGCUACGCUCUGUUGGCGUUCAAUGCAUUCCUCAAUCGCCGGAACCGACUGAAAGUCUCCGAGCAGUCGAAAACUAUGUCGGAAUGUGAGAGAUGUUCCGUGGAACUGGUGCGUGGCCUUGUGCCACAAGCCAAGGUGCCAGACUAUCGUUUCAGGGGAAUGCGGUUGAAGAUGCCUGCGAUUCGCGUGGGUUUCGACAAUGUGGGGGUGAAAUUGAAGUCCAACGGCCGGUGCAUCCUCCAAGGCGUCACAGGAGAGUUCCGUCCCAAGAGGGUGGCGGCAAUCAUGGGCCCUUCAGGGGCCGGCAAGACUACCUUCAUGAACGCCCUCUGUGGCCGCGCCUACUACGGGACAACUUCCGGAGAGAUCCGCAUCAACGGUCAUGUGAGUAGCAUUGCAGAGAUCAAACAAUUGCGUGGUUUCGUCCCUCAAGAUGACAUUGUCCAUGAACAUCUCACCGUGCGUGAACAGUUGUACUACUCUGCGCGGCUGCGCAACGCAGAGAAAACCUCGAAGCAGAUGAUCAACAGCAUUGUUGAAGAUGUGCUGAACGUGAUGCAGUUGUUAGAUGUCCAGGACAGCAUCGUGGGCAACAUGGAGCGUCGUGGAAUCAGUGGCGGCCAGCGGAAGCGGGUGAACAUCGGUUUAGAGCUUGCAGCACGGCCAAGCAUUCUGAUGUUGGAUGAGCCUACAUCUGGAUUGGAUGCCACCACCGCAUUGGACAUCAUCCGUUCAGUGAAGCGGCUAACCGCCAUCGGCAUGACAGUGGUGAUGGUGGUGCACCAGCCGCGCUAUUCGCUCUUCACCUUGUUUGACGAAGUGCUUCUGCUUGGCGGUGGCCAAACGGUCUACUUAGGCCCAAGCGAAGGGGCACUGCCCUACUUCCGAAAUUUGGGUUUUAAGAUGCCUCAGCAUGAGAACCCUGCGGAUUGGUUCAUGGAUGUCAUCGCUGGAAAGGUGAAGAAUGAACACAACCCAGCCUUGUCAGCCGAAGGGCUGCCAGAUGCCUGGGCUGAGUCCAUUACCAACAUCAUGCCAACGGACAUGGAUGCAGCACACGAAGCGGUGCAAGGGCACAAUGACAGGAUGGAGUUUGCAAAAGCUCUGAAUGCGAAGUUGUUCAGUGCAGGAAUUGAAGACGCUGAUGUUUUGAACGACAAACAGUUUGCUCAGCUGAUGGCUGCCUUGGACAUCGAACAGCCCAGCAACGAAGCCUUGGCCCAUCUCAAGGAGCGCAUGGGAUUUAAUGAGGGCAUCAUCAGCAAAUCGAAAGUGGUGACUUUCCUCUUGGGACUUCUGGGUUCCUUCAGUCAGGAUCGGGAUGCGGAAGACAAGGAGACGAUCCAUGCCUCUGAGUCCUCUGCGACCACCAAGGAGAGCAGCACCAAUGCCAUCCCCGAUGGUAAGAAACUUGGACGAUCCGGGCGAUUCUGCCUUCAGUUCCCCAUCCUGCUACAUCAGAAUAGCAUUCGAUGGGCUCGAAAUUGGCGACACAAAGUCAUCAGUACCGGUCUGAUCAUGUUUGCCGCGGCCGUGUUCGGACAGCCAUGUAAAGACAAGCUGCUCCCCGACCACGUCUUGUGUCCAAUCAAAAUCAAUAUCAGUCACGUUGCAAUCGGAGCUUUGACCGGUGUCGCAUGUCUUCACAUCUUCGGUUCAGAUCGGCCCCUCUUUUGGCGCGAGAGCGCUAGUGGCGUGGGAGUCAGCGCGUUCUUCCUCUCCAGGGUGAUGGUAUAUCUUUUCGAUGUGUUGGUGUGGUGCUACGCCUACACUGGGUUGUGGAUGGUCUUCUCAGAAGCACCCUGUUCCUAUUGGAUGUGGCUCAUUGCCUUCCGAAUGACAGCUGUCAGUGCCGCGGGCGUUGGCGUUUUGAUGUCCACCCUGGUGCCGAAGCAAAACGCCACAUUGGCCACGGCCUGUGUGCUGCUCGUGAUGGGUGGUGCUAUCAGUGAACCUCAGGUCAUAGCUGAUGCCACUGGGGUUAGUAGCGCCUUGGCAUUUCUCUCGCCAUUCACCUGGACCUCCGGAGAAAACUAUUUGGCAGUGAUUGCCAGCAAGGGAGGAGAGUCGGUGGUGGACGAGUAUGCUGUGCCAAUCAUGGAGGGCUACAAGAAGAUCUUGCUCGUCGCGGGUGGCACUCAGUUGGGCUAUGUCACAGCGGCAUACAUCUCCUGUAGCGUCUUCGGAUUUCUUGCUUUGACUUUUGGGUACUUGGGUCUCCGUUGCUCACACCGUGGCAAGCAAGCUUAG